AAGCAAUCGAAUGCCACACUAUCGUUAGUUGCUUGUGUAUAAUUGACAGCUACGCAGGGAUGCAUAAAUAUUGUCUGCGCCGUGUUAACACUUCGUUUUACAGCACUACGACAAUGGCAGCGGUGAAUUUACGUAAAGGUUUUUUUAAGCUGCCCCGCAAUCUGGUGGUUAGCCAACAGCGUAGCUAUGCCGCCGCCAAACAAACAAAGACCAACACACUAGCUGCUGUAGCUGAAUCCAUCUCAGCCAAGGGAUUUUUGCGCCCUAACAAGCCCUAUGCUCCAGUUCAGGAUGCUGCCGAACGUGUACGCGCUGUUGCCACCAAAUUGCAGUUGAGCAAUGGCGGCGAUCAACGAAAAUUCUCCGAUUUAAGUGAGAAAUUCAAGUUUUUGUCCGCCUGCUUCGAAGAACUGCAGCACUCUGUGCCCAAUUCCCAAGUGCAUGAGCUGACCACAGUGGGUGAUGUGGUUGCUUUCUAUCAACAGUCUGUAGACACUACUGUACCGCUGGAUGCACUAAAACGUAUUGAGUUACCAGAGAAUUUGCACAUACAAUAUGAAUAUUUGCGUUUCAACCCGGCAACGGAUACGAAAUUCAAUGGAAAAACAGCGUUCCCCAAGAGCUCAACCCUGGUUACAGGACUGAAGUACCGAGGCAAAUACGAGGGACAUGAGGCUAAGCGUUCGUGGCCUUAGUUUUAAUUGUUAAUCCUAAUGCAGUUAAUAAAAGUGUUAUGUUCUAAA